AUGAACUUCGAUGAUUGGUUUUUCCAUCGAAUUGUGCAAAUGCGCAAGAAAGGAAAUUCACAAGUAAGUUGCAAGUUGUAUUCUUUGGCUAGAGGUCCUUUUGAUGGAGUCCAAAGAUUCAAAGGGUACGAGAUAAAUGGCUUUAGAUUUCAUACUAAGAAACUCGAAGGAAAUAGGGUGAAGCAAAAUAGUGGUGUUUUAGUACGAGGAAUAAUGAAUGGCCAAAAUAUAAAUUAUUACGGUACUCUGACCGAAAUAGUAGAACUUCAAUAUCUUGAAGGUAAACGGAUUGUUUUAUUUAAAUGUGAUUGGUUGGAUGUUGAUCACAUUGGAAAAGGAGUGAAGAUAGAUAAACAUGGCUUUGUUAGUGUCAAUACUAAACGAAAGCUAGCAACAAAUGAACCAUUUGUUCUUGCAUCUCAAGCAGAACAAGUUUUUUAUGUCAAGGAUAAUCUUCAUCCCAAUUGAUCCAUUGUCUUGAAUGGUCAUUCUACUUAUUUUACUGGUGGUGCUCUCAGUGAAGAAACUUUUCAACAAAAUGCUCAAGAGUUCUCGUGUACAUUUGAGGAAGAUGAAGACUUUAUGAACUGGAAAAGAAAUGAUCUUGACGUUAUCAGCACUAAUGUUACCUUAGACGAUGAUAUUAUUGAAGACAUCGAAUCAGAACCUGAAACUGAUGAUGAAGAUUUAUUACUGUAAAAUAUUUAGAAGUCUUAUAUGCAUAUUUGUUUAUCCUCAAGUAAUGUUAAACUUUUACUUAUUUAUUUGAG